CUGAUAUUUAUUUCACACGGCUUUUCAUUCUUUAAAGGUCUUCGUUUUUUGUUGUCUUGAUUAUUAAGCAGACGGUUUUGCUCAGUGAGAAAAUGUUGUUGCAAAUGCAAAUGGAUUUCGAAGUUGUUCUUCGCUCUGUAAUUUGUAUCUGUUUGGUGGGCUUUACUGUCGCACAAUGUGCUCCUGAAAUCUGUGGAUCUAUGAAUGUGAGCUAUCCUUUUUGGAUUAAAAAUUCUGAUUGUGGAUACCCUGGUUUUCAGAUCACAUGUAGUAAGAGCAAUUCUACUGGGAAUCUCACUCCCUUCUUUACUGCAUAUCUAGGUGAUUUUACUCAGCAGCAUCUUCCAGCCUACGAUUACGAGAUUAUGGAAAUCGAUUACAAAGGUCAUCUUAUCAUAAAUUCCACUUCUAUCAAAACCUAUUCCUGUAAUAGAAGCACCAGUGCGUCAAGCUUCUUUCAACCACCUCAUGGUGGGCCAUUCGCUAUUUCCAUGUCCAAUAAGUUCGUGGUUAUUGGCUGCAACAGCUUUGGUACCUACGAAUUUGGAAAAUGGGGAGACGCCAGAUGUGUAUCAACAUGUGUCUUUCAAAGUGAUCCACAAUAUUGUCGCUAUGGCUGUUGUGAAAUCACCCUUCCAGAUAAUUAUAUGUGGUUAAAUUUCACGGGUGGAGGUGUGUUUGGUUUGCGCAAUUCUACAACCAACAAAUAUGAUAGAAAGUGUGGCUUCUCCACCAUCAUGGAGCCCUCUACCUUCAGAGUGGUGGAUAAUGAAACAAAUCUCUUUUGGGGAGAAGGCUUUAAGGCAUACUAUGGUCUUCGCCUUAGCUGGGGAAUCAGCCUUCAGAAUUGCUCCAUGGCCAAGGCAACAACCAAUUAUUCUUGCUCGUCCAACGCAGAAUGCUUUGACUCCCCUUCUGGAGUAGGACACGUAUGCAGAUGCCUUCCUGGAUAUGAAGGAAAUGGUUACUCUAAUGGCACAGAUUGUACAGACAUAGACGAAUGCAGUCGUAAAGGGUUGAAUUUGUGCUUUGGGGCAGAGGAGGGAGGAAUGUGCCAUAAUUUUGCAGGUUCUUACAAAUGUUCGUGUGCAAAGGGAUAUAAAGGAGAUGGUUACUCCAAUGGCACUAAUUGCAGAGACAUAGAUGAAUGUCGUCAAAAAAUGAGUCCAUGCGUUGGAGAAGAGGAAGGAGGAAUAUGUCAUAAUUUGCCAGGUUCGUACAAUUGUUCGUGUGCAAAAGGCUAUAAGGGAGAUGGCAUCAAAAGAGGGUCAAAGUGCAAGCCCGAAAGCUCAAAUAAAACCGUCAUGUUUGCGGCUAUAGGUUCUGUUUCCACAUUCGUUGGAGUUUGUUUAGCAGCGUGUGGAAUAUUCUGGUGUUUGAGAAUGCGUUACCUGAAACAUGCUAGGGAUGAGUACUUCCGAUGCAACGGAGGUUUCUUGCUGGAGAGAAUCCUCGCAGAAAAGGGAAAGCAAAAGGAGGGAAAAAAUUUCAGGAUUUUUUCUGAAAAUGAGCUUAAAAGGGCCUCUAGAGAUUAUUCAGAUGAGAUGAAGCUAGGAAGCGGUGGGUCAAGCACUGUAUACAAGGGCAUCCUUUCAAAUGGUACACCUGUUGCUAUUAAAAAGUUCAAGGAAUUUCCCAUUGGUGUAGAAUCUGAGGAAUCCAUGAAGCAGUUUAUCAAUGAAAUUGUGAUUCUGUCAGGUCUUCACCACAAAAACGUGGUGAGCUUGGUGGGAUGUUGCUUGCAAACACAGUCUCCUGUUCUAGUAUACGAAUUUGUUGACGGGGGAACGAUUUCUCAUCAGCUACGUGCCGGCCAUUUGACUUGGCAGAGUCGUCUCCAGAUUGCAAUGGGUAGUGCAGAUGCUUUGGCAUAUUUGCAUUCAGAAUUAGAUCGCCCAAUUAUUCACCGUGACGUGAAAUCAUCAAAUAUUCUUCUGGACAAUACGGUCACUCCAAAAGUUGCAGAUUUUGGUAUAUCUCGCCUUCUGUGUGGGAAUGAUACACACCUCAUCACCAAUGUAAUGGGCACAUGUGGUUACAUGGAUCCUGAAUACUUUGACACAGGCACGCUUACUGACAGAAGCGAUGUCUACAGCUUCGGCGUAUUCCUGGCAGAGCUUCUCACGGGUCGAGAACCCUUGUCUCCUGGAAGACCUCCACAGGAAAUUGUCUUAUCUAAGCUUUUUCUUUUCAAAUGCAAGGACAACAGCUUGACUGAUAUUUUGGAUCCGAUGGUGAAGAAUGAAGACAACCAGGAUCAGAUGACUGCUGUGGCAAAUUUAGCUAGAGAAUGUCUUUCUCAAGAAGGAAGUGGAAGACCGUCCAUGAGAGAGGUGAAGAUGAAGCUUGAGCAGAUAGGAGGUUCAACAAGACUAGUCACAUCGAUUUCAUGUUUAAAUGUCCUCAACGACCAAAUUUCAAGUGGGACUCAAAGUGGGUCAAUGAAUUCAUUGUUUCAGCUGACAGAGAUGUCUAGGAUUCAUGGACGCUGAUCUAGAUCUAGUAUUAUAAUGUUUAUGGGAUGCUUCUACCAGCACGAGCUCAAGAUAGUUGAAAUAUCGAAGUAUUGUUAUGGGGGGUUCUUUUAAAUUAGGGAGCUCGGGAGUAGUAUUUGUAAUAUGGGGGGUUUUGGUGUUUUUUUUUUUUUUUGGGGGGGGCAGGUGGGGAGUUUUGGGUUUUUAUCUGUGGAAAUGAAAAUGGGCUGCCAUUUUUAGUGUGGUGAAAUUGAAUGACUGCCAUUUUUAGUGUGGUAAAAUUGAAUGACUGCCAUUUUUAGUGUGGUAAAAUUGAAUGACCGGCAGGCAUUCAGUUACACUUAUAUAGGUUGUUUCUAGUGGCAACAUUAUCUAUGUCAUUGACUGAAAAGUAUGGUUUAUUAUUUUGAAAUGAUGCUUGUGAAAUUAUUGAUAGAAGUUGUAUGAUCUUAAAUACAAAUUAAGUAUAAACCAUAGGGUCACUUAUAAUUUGAAGGAUAACUUGUAAAUAGGAAAAUCAUUUGCAUGAAAAUUGGU